CGAGAGCGAGCGUCUGGUGUGUCGGUCGGUCGGAGAGGGAUUCGGUCGGGGACUCGGUCGGGGACUCAGUCUGGAGGGGCAUCGAUGGGAUCAGUGGAGGCAUUGGAAGGCUUGAAGGCUACCUUUUUAGAUAGUCAGCAGCUUCUCACGCCGCAGCCGAAGAAUGGUCGGCAAGGCCAAGAGGAGGAUUCUCAGGCCAUCGCGGCCGAGGGCAAGAUGGCAGACUUGGGAAGGAGAUCAGGCUCGGCAAGGAUGUGGGGGGAGAGAGCAACGUCGUUAUGGGAUGGAGAAGUAGAUGAAGCAGAGACUUGGGCCUCAGAGCGGCGGUCGAGUCGGACGCUCGAGUAUGUGCCGUAUCGUUCGGUGGGAACUCGUGUUGUCGUUCGUCCCGAGAGUGGGUUGGAGCACAACGGGGUACUGCAGGUCGGGUCACGGUCGGUGUCGCGGUCACCUGUGGGGAUGGCAGGGUCUGGUCGGCGUAGUUCGCCACUCUCUGAUGGGUCGCCGCGCUCGCUGAGAGUGCUGGCGGCCGAGAUCACUGGUGAAGAGACAGAGGCGGAGACUGAGGGCAAGAAGCAGCAGCAGCAACAGCAGCAGCGGCGAGAGGAACAGCCGCGGAGGCGGAGACGGCGGAGGCGGAAAAAGACGUUGGAGACUGCUGCCGCGGAAGCUGAGGGCCGAUCUCCGGCCCGGUCAGUGACCGAUGAGGUGUCGAUGGUGUCGUCGCCAUCGCAGGCCGAGGCCUACUAUGACGGUGAGCGCAACGCAGCCGGGCGGCGCGAGGGGUUUGGCGUGUAUGCACCGCCGGGCGGUGGAGUUUACGAGGGUGAGUGGCGGAACGGGAAGCGCGAGGGCCAGGGCUCGUAUCGGUGGCCGGACGGGCGGGUGUAUGUCGGAGGAUGGAACCGCGGUCGGCGGGACGGGAUCGGCAUGUACUACGACGGCAGCUCGCUGUUCCGCGGGAGAUGGGAGCGUGGAGUGGCUCAGGAGCUCACCUUUGUCCGCAAGUACGCGACGGCGACAGAUGGGACUGUGAGUGGCACACGGUCCGAUGAAGAGAGCGAGGAAGAGCCGGUGCCGCGGCGGCUGCCGGCGCACAUCGACACGCCGAUGGCACUGCCGGUCUUACCAAGCAUAUGGAGCCCUCACGAGCAGGCGGCAUUUGUGCGGUACUUUCCGCUCCUCGGCAAGGACUGGUACAUGCUCUCGUCGCUCAUCCCGACCCGGACACCGGCUCAGAUUCGGCGGUACUACCGCGAACACCGGGCCGAGGACGGACUCAGCACAUUGCUCUGCUUCCACGACGGAAGCCCACGGCGCGGGGCCUUCUUUGACGAGUCGGACUCGAGCGACGAGCACGAGUUCCUUGGUGGCAACGACGAGACGGGCGACGACGAGCACGUGGUAGCGAGUGAUUUCGAGGCGGCGCUCGUCCGACGUAUCCACGCGGCGUGGCGAGCGAGCGAGGCCGAAGCUGUGGCGAUCGGCAACGAGCACGUGGCCACGGUGGCACAGGUCGAGCUCCUCGCCGUCGUCGUUAGCAACUUUGUGGCGCAUUCGGAAGAGUUGGCGGCGGUGCGACUGAAGCUUGAACUUCAGACGAUUGCGUGCCCACUCGACGAAGCGACGCUGGCGGCAGUGAUUGCGGCGGCUAGUGCCACGGAUGUCGCGGCUGCGGACGAUGGCAACGAGUGGGAGGUGACGGUGCGACAGGCGCAGUUGCUGCGACUGGUUUGGGCGUAUGUGGCUCAAGCUGAGACGCCACUGGUGGACGUUGCCGACGUGGUCGCGCUUUUGCUUCAGGAAGACAGCAGCGUGAUCAGCGGGGACAGGAGCAAAGGCGAUGCCAACGCGGUGGCGGCGUUUGUGGAGGAGGCACAAGCAGCGCUCGCCGAGGAGCUUGGCAGUGGCAGCGACCACGGGCGGAUGGUGGAGGUCUUUGCUGCUGCGCUCGCCGAGCCAGUGCCUCGCCGAGCAGAGCUGAAGGAGGAGGCCGAGCUUGGGACGGCGGAGCGGGUGACGCUUGGUCUCCGUGCAGCCGCGGCCGGUCUCGGACAGGCCGCGAGCCUGGUGGCAGGCACGAUCUGGAUGCCGGCAGCAAGCGCAGACGAGAACCACGCUGGCGAGACAGCACGAGCUCGCAAGAAGCGACAAGCGCUCCGGCUGUGGUAG